AUUCACGUUGUGCUUCCGGUUGCAUGUAAUAGAAAAGUGAAAAGUUGAUGAAAGAAAUGAGAAGUGUUCAUUAGAACCCUAGUUAUCAUCAUGCCUGCUGCCUGUGAUAAUACAGUAGAUGAUAUAGAAGAUAUUGUUGCCAAGGGAACCUCAGCUGAUGAUAUUAGACAUAACGCAGGACAUAAACAUGUCGUACCAAGGGCAAAAAGACUCACUAAAAUGGACAGGACAAAAGACUUACAAGCAGACAGUUUUAUUCCAGGGACACAAAGGAUAUAUGUAAAAACCUGGGGAUGUUCACACAAUAAUUCUGAUAGUGAAUAUAUGGCAGGACAGUUAGCUGCAUGUGGAUACAAAAUAACAGAUCUGAAAGAGGAUGCAGAUUUAUGGUUGUUAAACAGUUGUACAGUUAAAAACCCAGCAGAAGAUCAUUUCAGAAAUGAAAUCACAAAAGCAAGAGAACUAUCAAAAUACUUAGUUGUUGCUGGUUGUGUUCCACAAGGGCAACCAAGGUCAGAUUAUUUACAGGGCAUCAGUGUGAUAGGAGUACAGCAGAUAGACAGAGUUGUUGAUGUUGUGGAAGAAACUCUUAAAGGACACUCAGUAAGGUUGUUUGGACAAAAGAAGGCAGAAGGAAAGAAGACAGGGGGUGCUUCACUGAGUUUACCGAAAGUUAGAAAGAAUCCUUUAAUAGAAAUAAUCGCCAUAAACACAGGAUGUCUGAAUCAGUGUACAUACUGUAAAACUAAGCAUGCGAGAGGAGAGUUAGGCAGUUAUCCUAUAGAGGACAUUGUUAAUAGAGCUAAACAGUCAUUUGAAGAGGGUGUAGUAGAGAUCUGGUUGACUUCAGAAGAUCUCGGAGCAUAUGGUCAUGAUAUCAAUGUAACAUUACCUCAGUUACUAUGGAAACUAGUAGAGGUUAUACCUGAAGGUGCCAGGAUGAGGCUUGGUAUGACAAAUCCUCCAUACAUCUUAGAACACUUAGAGGAAAUGGCAAAGAUUUUGAAUCAUCCUAGAGUUUAUAAAUUUCUCCAUGUUCCUGUCCAGUCUGCGUCUGAUAGUGUUCUUAUGGACAUGAAACGUGAAUACAGCCAAGCAGAUUUUAGACAUGUUGUUGAUUUUCUUAAACAGAGGGUACCUACUAUUACUAUAGCAACAGAUCUUAUAUGUGGUUUUCCCACAGAAACAGAGAAGGAUUUUGAAGAAACAAUGGAUUUAGUAGAUGAAUACAAAUUUCCCAGUUUAUUUAUUAAUCAGUACUUCCCUAGACCUGGCACCCCAGCAGCCAAAAUGCCUCGUAUUCCUGCCCAACAGGUGAAGAAAAGAACUAAAGCUGUUUCUGAAUUAUUUCAGUCUUAUACUCCCUAUGACCACAAGCUAGGUGAGAUACAGAAUGUAUUAGUUACAGAAGUUUCUAAGGACAGACAGUACUAUGUUGGUCACAAUGAAUGUUAUGAUCAAGUAUUAGUACCAAAAGAUGAACACUUACUUGGGAAAUUAGUGGAAGUAAAAAUUACAGAGACUGGAAAACAUUUCCUGAAAUGUGCUCUAACAAAAAAUGUGUUCAGACCUGAUGUACCAUUACCUUUAAAACAAGGACAAGUCUCUGGAGUUUCUCAGGUACAGACUUCCAGUAAGACAAAUAUUUUGGUGACUAUUUCAUUUAUUGUGUUAGUAAUAGCUGUCUUAGUCAAAUUACAGACAUUGUUAUUUAGUGGAACAUGAGCCUUAUGAGAACGGGAAUAAAGUAUUUUUAAACA